GAGGAAAUCCUGGACAAACAAUCAGAAUGUUCAACUAUUGAGCAACAGGAGCAUCAAGUUACAAUUGAUCGUUUAAAGAUGGCAAUAGAGGAAGUGGAACAAUCUAUAAAUUCUUCAAAUGUUCGAAUCAAUUACCUUGAACAGAGCUUCCAAGACAAAUUAAAAACGUUUAAUGAAUCGAUCGAAAGGCUGGAAGAAGAAGUGGGUAUUUUGAGGAUCACGACCAAUAGUCGGGCACACACUUUAGAAAACAACUUACAAACCAUGAUGAUUCAACAUACUGAUCCUGAACGUUGUUCACGGCAUAGUCACUGUUCUGGGCGUAUAUGUGGAAAAAAAUCCGAGCCAAAAAAAUUAGAUUCAGUUGCUGAAGGUCCCGAAGGAGCGGCAGAUAACUCAACGAUGGUAAUACAAAAUUUGUGUCACGAGAAAAAGAGUCAGCACAACUUGAACGAAGAAGCACUUAAUGAUGAUGCAUAUUACAACCUAAGCAAGGCUGACACCAUUCCUGUAACGUCGAAAGACCUGAUGGAAUACCGAAAAGAAUUCCAGUCAGACUCUAAGGCUGCUGUUGCGUCAUUUGCUACGAUCGCGCCUAUUAUCUGACCAUGGCAAAAAACAAAAUCUUUUGCAAAAACUCGUUCAUCUUCAAUGAUUGGCCCCAACCGAUUUUGUUCUUCCGUCAAAUCGUC